AGUUCUACUGCAGGAGCUAGGUUUGAAAAGUUUCUACCCCGGGAAGCUCACAAUCAGCUCAGUCUUGGAGAUUGGCAAGGGCAGUGUCACAGAUGAACCAACCCAUUCACACUCCACACUUGCAUGGGUCUUUCUAAAGAGGCUAAUGAUGACAAAUUUGACUGCCAGGUCGGUUAAACUAGACAUGUCAGAUAAUGAUGAUGAUGUUGACCUUUACCAAUCAGAACAGUCAGAGUGGGACAGCGAUGAUGACGAGGAGAAAGUGCCAGUCGGUUACAGACACCCUUUAGGCAUCAUAAAUGCAAUUGUGUCUGCUAGAUCUGCUAUCCUUGACCUGUCAGAUGAUGAUAAGACGUAUAAAUCAGGCAAUGGUUGUGACAGCAAUGAGAAUAAUGCACCAGUCAGUUCCAGGCACCCAUUAGACAUUAUAGUGGCACUCUACCUGUGCUCAGAUCCCUUUCUGCAGCAGGAACUUGCUCGUAAAAUGUCUCUAUGCCAGUUCUCUGUUCCUUUGAUUCUGCCAAACUGCGACACCAAACAGAUGACGUUCCUGCUUUGGACAGUGAGGGACAUUGUGAAGAGAUACAGACCACAUUCAUUACCAGACCCCAAGGGAUUUGUAGAGGAGAGAUUAGCUGGCUUGGAGCUCCCAAUAGUGUCUUUUGUAAGACUGGGUAAGAGCAAAACAUCAAAGUCCCACACCUUCAACAUGUUACUCAGCAACCCCCAGCAGUACAAUGACACAUUUUUUCAUCGCAACAUGGAGUUGGGUGAUUCUUUGCGAAUGAUAUCAAACGGCCUGGUGGAAAUCAGCUGGUAUCUUCCAUGUGGGAAAAAGAGCAUUGACAUCUUCCCAGAGCCAGUGGCUGUGGCCAAUUUGAGAGGUGACAUCAGUGAAUGUGAGACUCAGUACCGUUUCCUUUGUCAGAAGUCCACAGCAGUGUUUGUGUUUGUGAAUGAUUUGCAGGCGGAUUGUGAGGUGCUUUGCAGUCAGCAGGCCAACACAGAACUGUUUCUAGUGUGCAAUACAGAGAGCAGCACCUACAAGUACAGGGACUUAAAAGACUGUGCCAAGCGUUUAGGGCUGAGCAAGAAGAAUGUAAUUCUCAAAGACAAAAAGAAUGAUGCCAACUUCGUCAAGACACUUCGCUCAGUGGUAGCAGACGUGAUAAAAAGUAAUCCACAAAAAAUGGCCCUGGAGAACAUGACCACAGUGGCCAAUGACUUAGGAAUCCUUUUGGAUGAAUACUCACCGGAAUGCCAGAAUGCCAAGAGAAAUUCAGACACAAUAAUUUCACAGAUACAAGACAUAGAACAGUUCAAAAAGGAGCAACUUCCCUUGCAGGGAUAUUUCUGGAAGGAGCUGUCAAGCGUGGAGAAGGAGAUGUGCACUCUGAAAAAGGCUGAAAAUCAGGACAUUGAGAAGUAUAAAAGUGAUCUCAGAAUAAAGGAAAGAGAACUCCGAGAGCAGCAAAGACAGCUGGACACAUCAGUGGCAAUGACCACUUUCAUUCAGGCAGUGUCAACGCCAGGGUUAGAGAGAAUGUACUUCCUAAAAUGGUUGAGGAUGAGCCUAGACAGUCUAAGCAGCAAGUCCCACUCAAUGCUUAGAGAGCAGUGUAGAGACCAGGAGAGAUGCCGGUCAUCAAAACAGACAGAGGGAUUCCAAGAUAAGAAGAUGGCAGACAGUUUGUUGGGUAUUGAACACUUCUUCCGUGAAAUGGGCCAGUUGUACGAAUCAGAAACCAUCCUUUCAAAAAGUGAAGAAUCGGCAAAGCAAAUCCUUCCACUAUCCAGAAUCUGUGCAGAGUUGCUGUUGGAGGGGUUCCCCAUUGAGCUAGUGGAUGGAGAAGCAUCUAACAUACCCAUAAGAUGGAUCAAAGAUUUACUCACCAAGCUGAAUGAUCUGGUCCAGCCAAAUAAUAAAAUGGUGGUAGUGACGGUUCUAGGGGUCAAGAAGACGGGCAAGUCCACUCUUCUUAACACCAUGUUUGGGGUGCAGUUUGACAUCAACGGUGGACGAUGCACAAAAGGGGCUUUCAUGGUGCUCAUUCGACUCAAAGCCGACAUGAAGGAAGAGCUGAAAUGUGACUUUCUACUGAUCAUUGACACAGAGGGACUGAAAUCUCCAGAUCUGACUCAGCGUGAUCACAGUAAUGAACAAGACAAUGAGUUGGCCACGCUAGCAGUUGGAGUCAGUGAUGUGAUGAUUACAAACAUCGCAAUGGAGAACUUUACGGAAAUGAAAGAUGUCUUGCAGAUUGGGAUUCACGCCUUCCUCGCGAUGAAGGAAGUUGGCAAGAGACUCAGAUGUCUGUUUGUCCACCAAAAUGUGGCUGAUGUCUCAGCACAUAGAGUGAACAUGAAGGAUCGGAAAAUUAUGUUGGAGCAGCUGAACGAGAUGACACAGGCGGCCUGCAGAAUGGAAAACAAAGACAAUGACAGAAUGUUUACUGAUGUGAUGAUGUACGAUCCAGAGACAGAUAGUUUUUACGUUCCUGGACUCUGGCAAGGAACCACCCCCAUGGCACCAGUAAAUGUAGGUUACUGCGAAGCUGUCUACGAGUUAAAACAGCAUGUGAUUAGUAUUCUCAAAGAGUGUGAAACAUCUAGAAGCACUGUUAAGGAUUUCCACGAGUGGACGGAAAGCCUGUGGAAGGCUGUGAAGUUUGAAAAGUUCAUGUUCAACUUCAGACACAGCUUUGUGGCCGAUGCUUAUAGUAAGAUGUGCACCGAAUUCAGUAAGUGGGAAUGGAAAUACAGAAAAGACAUUCACUUAUGGGUGACAAGAGCUGAAACAAGCAUUUCCAACUUUGGGAAAUCCUCCAAAACCGGGACAUCACAGUCACUUGACAUAAAAGGCUUCCUAACUCUUCUUAAACAGGAUGCACUGACUGAGCUUGCCAAUGGGGAGAGAUGCAUUCUGGACAAAGUUGCCUCCUACUACAACCAAUCAGGCUGCCGUGCUGAGCUCAUCAAGCAGUAUAGGUCAGACUUUGAGAAUAAUGCCACAUCCUUGAGGAAAGAAUUGCACACUUCUGUCAACAAUCGCUUAGACCGAGCUGCUUCACUGCGUGAGGGAAUGAUCAAGCUAGAGUCGAGCAAGAAGAACCUCUUCAUUGUAGUGGAGGAACGGGUGCUGAAGCUGAUAGAAGAUUGCCAGCAGAGUGAAUCUCAGAAGUCAGAGCAGGAGUUGAGAUCAGAUUUUGAAAAGGUAUGGGCAGAAACAGCUAAUGAGUUUUCCUUCGAAGGACCUCGAAGACAAAAUGUUUUGCUAUGUGUUCACACACAGAUAAGCAGCAGUCUUCAUCGAAAAGGACGUUCAGCUGCUGAAGACUUAACUGAUGUUGACUUGAAUGAGUACGGGAUGAAGCCGUUCACAGUCAGUGAUGAUAGCAGCACACUAGGGCUGGUGGAGAAGGACGGCGAUGAGCCUGUCAAGAAUCAGUUCCGUAAACGAAGUGCCAUUAACGAAGCGCAAACAAUGGCAGACAUCAUCAUAGUGGCGUGUGAACAGCUGGUGGUUCAGUACACCUCAAAGGAGGUUGACUAUGAUGAAACUUACACAACAGAUAUUUUGAACAAGAUAGAUGGGGAAAUAAAAAUGCAACGCCCAAAGUACUUCAAAAUAACAGAGGAAUUUGAAACAUCUUUGACGCUACAUGUUUGCGCCAGUGCAGCCAGGGAAUUCCAGAAAAUGCAUGAUCGCUUCUUGAAAAGAAAUGACUUGCACAGAUGCCAUGAGGAGAGCAAAGAGAAAUAUUGGAUGGAUUUCGAGGAUAUCUUUCACGAGCGAGACCAGUCUCAGAGGAAAGCUGACGAAUUUACAUCCUCUUGCCUCAAACCAGCCAUAAAGGCAUACCUUGCCAAACAUCUUGGAGGUGACAUCAUUGAGGUAAUGUUGUCUUCUGAAAAGGCCUUUGGUUUCAAUUCCCGUACUUCAUUUCAGUUCGCAGUUCUGAAACAACUUCUGGACGAGUCCAACUUCAACGAUUAUGUGCGUUAUGUUCGCUUUUACGAGACGUUUGUCAAAAACUGGAUAUCUGACCAGAUCUCAGUGCUUUGUCCUGAAGACCUGAUGUUUAAACUGGAGGACAGGCGUCUUACAGGCAUCAUGACAAAAAUAACAGAAGCCAUUUCUGAAGCACAGAAAGAUGCAACGACAUCAAGCACUGUAACCGACAUCAUCAACAGCAUUUGCACCACUUUGAAAGACCACCUGGCCAUCCCAGAAGACACUCUCUUGAACUCUCUGGUUUUUAACACGUCAAAAUCGGAUCAGUUUAUCAAGUGGCUGAUCUUAUCUGUUCAGGAGCUGCAACUGGACUUACUGAUCUCCUUGAAGGACAUGCCGAUUGGCUCCAAGCUUGACAGUGCGGAUAUGAAGCCGCAAGACGAGCUGUUCAGGCGAGUGAUUGGCUGCGGGCGUCAGUGUCCGUUCUGCAUGGCACCGUGUGAGGCGGGCGGGAAAGAGCACGAGACGCAUUUUGCCUCGAUUCACAGACCGCAGGGGCUCGGAGGCUGGCGGUACGGAGACGGUGACAAACUCGUGAGCGAUAUCUGCUCCUCUCUUGUAGUCAGCGACGCAGAGUUUCUCAAUGAUGUAGACGGCCAGUACCACCCGUACGCAAAGUACAUGGAAAUCUUCCCCGACUGGCACAUCCAACCAGACAGCUUCAGAGAAGCUUCGGAUUACUGGAAAUAUGUGAUGGCAACAUUCAACGAGCAGUUUGCUAAGGAGUACAAGGCUAAUCCUGGAGAUGUACCCGCAGCAUGGAGCGACAUUAAAAAGAAAAAUGUAGAUCAGGUCUUGAAAGAGAUUUACAAUAUGAACUGACUGGCAUAGUUUCAUCAGAUUCAUAUUCUCCCCAAAUGUCAACCAUCACAAAAUACCAAAAUUACAAUGUGAGGAAGAAUUAGUUAUAAACGUGAUCUAGAAGCAGUUCAUUAAUUUUGAUGUCACAAGAAGAACAACUACAUAUAGCAGAGUCAGAAUGUGCUUGACUUAAACAUACUUUAACUUCCUAACAGAUCCUGAAAAUUAUGUAUAGGGCCUAAUUUAGGUAAUCCCAAAUUUAUUCGUAGAUUUUCGGCAGACUACUUUCACUCGUUCUUGCCAAUGGUUUCUAAUGUUGGAUGGGAUGCAUGUAUAAAGUCAUUAUCGUCUAUAUCAUAAUCAUUCAUAAUCAUGUCAUAAUCUCUUACUUAAUUUGUGGGUUGGGUUUAAAUUUCCUCUUGUUUGGUGGUGCUGUGUCACAGUGUGCUAGUGCACCCUGUAAUACCCUGUCUAUGCACGACUACAGUAUAUGACCUGGGUAAUUUCCCAACCCUUUACCAGAGAGAGUAGAGAGAGAGAGGUUCCAUUGGCC